GACAGGCUGGGCGACCCCCCUCCCCCCCUUCCAUCAUUUUCCCAUCCCUUACUCGCUUCCCUACAACAAAUAUGGCCGCGAAAUCUGACGGUGCACCCAUCUCUCUCCGAAACGCAAUCCCACCCGAGUGCCCCUCCAGGUCGGACCCGCGGCCUCCCCAGCGCCGUCCCGACGAGCAGCGCUAUACCCUCUCGGACUGCUGCUGGACGCUGUGCGCCCUUCUGGUGUUCUUCGCGGACGGGGCCUCAGACCUGUGGCUGGCCGCGGACUACUACCUAAGGAAGUACUACCCGCAGUUUGUACUGACUCUGGUCUUUGUGAUAGUCCCGUCCGUGGUCGUGCAAGUGUUGAGCUUCCGAUGGUUCGCCUACGAUUUCUCAGAAACCGUGGAAAGCGGCACUGCCGCGGCCGCCGUGGUGGCAGCGUCGGAGCGCGACAUCAGCACCAAGGACAGCGGCGAGCGGGGCGCUGGCCGCUCUGCCGCGGCCGGGGUGCUGCCAGGGCCGGGCACCGGGGGAGGAGCCCGGGGGUGCUGCAGAGUCUUCGUCUGGCUCUUCCAGGCUCUCAUUCACAUCUUUCAGCUGGCACAGGUCUGGAGGUAUGUCCACGCCUUGUAUUUGGGCGUGCAGAGCCGCUGGCACGGAGACCCAGAGCGGCGUCACUACUAUUGGCGCAUGAUGUUUGAGAGCGCUGAUAUCAGCAUGCUUCGUCUUCUGGAGUCCUUUCUGAAGAGCGCCCCUCAGCUCGUGCUGCAGCUCACCAUCAUGAUCCGGGCCAAUCAGGUGCUGCCCCUUCAGGGGCUUUCAGCUUCUGCCUCACUGAUAUCCCUCGCCUGGAUGAUCUCCUCCUACCAGAAAGUCCUGAGGGACUCCCGAGACGAUAAGCUACCCAUGACCUACAAUGCAGUGAUAGUUCAGAUUCUGUGGCACUUAUUUACCAUCGGAGCUCGCACACUGGCGUUUGCCCUCUUUGCCUCCGUGUUCCAGCUUUACUUUGGCAUCUUCAUCGUGGCCCACUGGUGCAUCAUGACGUUUUGGAUCAUUCAAGGCGAAACGGACUUCUGCAUGUCCAAAUGGGAGGAAAUCAUCUAUAACAUGAUGGUGGGUAUUGUCUAUAUCUUCUGCUGGUUCAGCGUCAGAGAGGGGCGCACCUGCUGCAGGAUGCUCAUCUACAGUCUCACUGUGUUUGUUGAGAAUGUGGCGCUCACCACCUUCUGGUACCUGUACCGCAGCACUGGCGAGCGCCAGAGUACCUUAGACUUUUACGCUGUCAUGAUGGUGUGCGUGGUGGCCAGCAGCUACGCUCUGGGCACCUUCUUCAUGUUUGUGUAUUACUGCCUGCUGCACCCUGACGGUGCAGUUUCAGGGUGGAGUUACAUAGUGGAGAAGGAGGUGCCCGUGGAGGCUCUGGCCUCGCCAGCCUCCAGCCUCCCUCCUGACCUGGUAAGCAGCCCUCCCAGGACCCUUCAGAGAACUAAAGGGUCAGACAGAGAGCCGGGGAUAGAUGGGGAUGUGUUUAAGGUGCGGCCACCUCGGGGAGCUCAGACCCCAGUGCCUCAUCUCACACCCAGGACAGAGGGCCCCGUCAUCCGGAUAGACCUGCCCAGGAAGAAGUACCCCGCCUGGGACGCUCACUUCAUCGACCGUCGGCUGCGUAAAACCAUCCUGGUGCUCGAGAGUGCUGCCCCCGUUACACCGAGGAUUCAGUACCGCUGCCUGAGCACUCCCAAAGAAGUGAUGGAGUACGAAACCACCGUGUAAUGCGCCGAUGGUGCUGUGACUCAGCUUGUUCCUGUGUGGACAUCCUGCCUUAAAUAAAAAUGGCAGGAGGAUGACUCUCACUGAGUGGUCAGGUUUAACUCCACACUUACUUAACGGCUCUCUGUUCUGGCCACAAACAGCCACAUCAGGGGAUGGAGUGUUGCGUGUUUACUUUCUACAUGGGGCAGGAUUCUGCGAUAUUGUCUGGUGACGGUGCAUAUUUUGGUUUCUGUAUCAUUUCUCAGGUCAGGAUGUGUUACAGAAAGAUAUGGAAGGUAGAGAGGAUCACAGGCAGGCAGAGAAGUGGAGCUGUUAUCAGUCAGAGGCAGAAAGUCCUCCUCGGCGAAGGUGCUUCAGCAAAUCCUCGUCAGGUGGUCGACAACAGAGACAAGCCUUCAACAUGCAUGAUUAUUUAUGGCAGCUAAAACUCAAACAUCACCGAGUGAGUAGGUAGACUCGCACUGCAUUUUUAAACACCAUCUUUUGUAGACGCAGCACAGGUAGUGGUCUCCUGAAUCACAAUUUUCCAUAGCUAUUCACUCAUGUUGAAGGAGUCUCUGAAAAUGCUGUUUCUAAUCUGAAGGGCACAUCAAAAGCAACAUUUGAGUUGAAUGUAAAAACAGUUGAAAAUGUGAUUAUUUGUGACAAGGCUUUGAGCAUUUUCAUGCUGUUAGUGGGAUUGUCAUCAUUCCUGUGACACUAUAUUUGUUUUUUGUUUUUAAGGUAAGCUAUGUGCGUGUUUACAAGCAAUCUGUUAUUUUGGGGACAUGCCAUCACUAUUAUAACAAGAUGCACCUUCCUCCAGAAUGUGUAUGUACUGAACACUGCAUUUUACAGGACUCAACAGCUGUAUUUUCAUACUGCAUCCAUCUUCCACAACAAAAACAAAACAGGACAGAUGAUAAUUUACAUGUAAAAUACUGUAAAAUGAAGAAGUUGUUGCAGAGGGACAGCACUGUCUGUAUUUGUACUGUAUUCAUAUUUUGUUGUCUGAACAGUGUUUAAAAAAUAGCUGCAGACUCCUAACAGAAUAGCUUUGAUAUUACUGAUGGUACAGGCAUGUAGUACUUUUGGUAGCCCUUUAUUUUGCCAGUCUGUGAUUUCCUAAUAAUUUCCUCAAAAGCUUUUUAGGACUAGUUUUGUAGUUUGGCACAAGCAGAUCAAUAACAUCCAGAGAAAUUUUAGUGAACAUAUUAAAGCACAGCAUUAAAAUCACUUGUCUAACUCCUCUUCGCAGAUCUUUUGGGUCUUAUAGGGUGUGGGGCAUACCCCCUGUUAAUUGGGUGUGUGUUGACACAUCACUCUAGAGCACAAUCCUAUUAGGAUCUGCGAAAUUUGGAUGCUGGCGCUCCUCCUAGGGCUGUUUAUUGUGUUCCAUGAAAAUGAGAAAGGCCAUGUUUGGUGCAUGGUACAUAGUCUGGUUUGAGGAAAUCACUGCUACAGUAGCAGAGAUGUGAACAGAGGCAAACAGACUGUUGCCUCUGUUCACAAAACAGACUCCUUUUGCGCUGUGUUGUGAAAG